AUGGGGACUGCAGCUCUCAGUUCCGGAAACCUAACUGCUUACGAUCGCCGGAUUCUGAGGACUGUCAAUGCAGGAGCAUCCUCUCUUUCGUUCCUAGGCUCCAGCUUCAUUGUCCUCUGCUACCUCCUUUUCAGAGACCUUCGAAAGUUCUCCUUCAAGCUCGUCUUUUACCUCGCAAUCUCGGUAUGCUCUUGCAGAGAUCCCUCCACAGGAUUCUUCUGCUACGCUCAGGGUUACAGCACCCAUUUCUUCUGCAUCGCAUCUUUCCUUUGGACUACCACCAUUGCUUUCACCUUGCAUCGUACUGUUGUUAAACACAAAACUGAUGUUGAAGACAUGGAGGCCAUGUUUCAUUUGUACGUUUGGGGAACCUCGUUGGUCAUGACUGUCAUACGGUCCAUGGGUAAUGAUCAUAGACACUUAGGCGGCGCCUGGUGUUCGACACCAACAGGGAGAACAAAAAAGAUGGCAGAGGGCAUGUCAGACCGAGCAUCUGAUGGAAGACUGGACAUGAAGGCUCUGAAUAGGUGGGGAUAUUAUCCGCUUAUCCUAAUAGGUUCAUGGACGUUUGGCACGUUAAAUGUCAUCCACGAUCUUAUUGAACCAGGCCAUAAAAUCUUUUGGCUCUCGGUGCUUGAUGUGGGUACAGCUGCCCUUAUGGGGCUCUUCAACUCGAUAGCAUAUGGGUUGAAUUCAUCGGUCCGACGGGCAAUCUCUGAAAGAUUGGACCUUAUUUUGCAGGUAUUAGCAAGCAAAUCCAAAAUUUACAUGGUCCUUGACUAUGUGACCGGCGGUGAGCUCUACGACAGAAUUCUGGAGAAUGUUCUUCUGGAUGCAAAAGGGCGCAUCAAAAUAUCAGAUUUUGGACUCAGUGCGUUGCCAAAACAUUUCAGGGAUGACGGGCUACUUCACACCAUCUGCGGAAGUCCAAACUACGUAGCACCUGAGGUUCUGAGGAACAAAGGCUACGACGGUGCAACCGCAGAUGUAUGGUCCUGUGGUGUCAUUUUGUACGUCACUCUCACUGGCUCCCUCCCCUUCGACGACAGGAACCUUGCUGUGCUGUAUCACAAGAUAAUGAAGGGGGAGGUGGAGAUACCGAAAUGGAUGAGCCCCGGGGCCGGAAACCUAAUCAGCAGGAUCCUGGAUCCAAACCCCGCCACCAGAAUCACAAUGGCGGGCAUCAAGUCCGAUCCCUGGUUCAAGCAAGAUUACGUCGCAACAGCAGCAGCAACGCUACUCUUAUCAGACGACGAAGAAUACCAAGGAGAAUUAGUCGACGACGACGUUGACGAGGAUGAUGGAAGCUACUGCAGGUUGAAGACUCAAUCUCUACCGGCCGGAUUAUCUGAAGCCGCCAGCAGUAGUACUCGUCCGGUCAUCAACGCGUUCCAGCUGAUAGGGAUGUCGUCGUGUCUCGACCUCUCCGGGUUUUUCGAGGAAGAGGAGGUUUCCGAGCGGAAGGUCAGGUUUGCGGCGUCCGACUGCUCGUUCAAGCAUCUGAUGAAGAAGAUGGAGGAGAUUGCGACGGCGAUGGGGUUCCACGUCCGCAAGGUCACGAGGAACCAACACGUCAGGCCUAGGUUGAUGAUCAUGAAAGUGGUGCAGAACCAGCACAUGAUGACGGGUUCUGCCAAAUCCAAUCUCUCGGUUGCUGCGGAGAUAUUGGAGAUAAGCCCUUCACUCUACGUAGUUGAACUGCAGAAAUCAUAUGGAGAUUCCUCUGUCUAUAGACAAUUAUGUGAAAAGCUCUCAAAUGACUUGGGGAGUUCAUCGUCAGUUACCCCAAAGUCAAGUUGUAGUACUAUGGCUCUGGCGGAAGCCUAAUUCGGCCAGAUCAUACCGUUCCAGUGUGAUGGAAGAUUCAAUUGAUGGCAAUAUGCAUGAAGCUUGAUCUUCAUUGAUGCCACAAAGACACACAGUCUAAAUGUUUCAUUGUUCUUUUUCUGUAAUUAAUCUCGAUUCACCGAUCGACGGUGUAUAUGUAAUGUAUGGAAAGUGAAGAAUACGUAUAAAGUCACAGAUAUUUGAAGUAUAUGCAACUUUUAUCAAUGGUAUAGAAUUAAAAUUACAAUUUGCUA